CUGGACCACGAUUUCUUCGUACGUGACAAUUCUUUCUUAAAGACUUAGGAUUAUAUUUUCAUGAAUCAUUAUUACAUCAUUCAGAUAGUGAAUAACAUUGUUGAAUUUUUCUCCCUCAAAUCCCAUUCGGAAUAUUGACAACCCGAUGGCGGGAUUUAGAGGAAUUUUAACACUUGUUUUACUUGGAGUGCUUUCUGCAGUUGCUAUCACCUACGAUGAAGCUCUAAGCAAGUCAUUAAAAAAUGCAGUGCAUGAUGAUGAGUUUGCUAUCAGUGUAAAGCAUUUUAAAUUAAAAAAAGGAGAUCAUGUUGGGACAGACACAGUUCUUGCUACUAAGUAUCCAGAUCCAAAGACUAAAAUAUUACUUAUGAUUGACCGACGAUCCAAUAGGGUAAUGUUGGAAACGGUAGAAGAGCAUAAAAAAGGAAGAGAAGAUCUUGAAGUUGGUACUCUAAAUAUUACCCAUCCAAUGAAAAAUAUUAUUUUUGUGGUACACCAAAAUAAACCUAAUUCAAGAAUUGAUGUUUACGUUGACUGCAAUCUGCAAGGUACUAUUCCGAUGAAGAAAACGUUCAAAAAUGUAGUUGAACGAGGAUCAGAUGAGUCGACACUUCAAGUGUUUAAAGAAAGAAGAUACCGAACCAAAAUCUACAAGAGCUCUGAAAUUGAUGAGUUAUGGGAAAGAGAAGGUUGUCGCACAAAUCUCCAUGAUGUUGAAUAUGAAUUUAAUCAUAAUACUACUUUGUCACGAGUUCGAAGGCGAGGAGACAUUGGAAUACAUACUAUUGAUGAUCUAAAUUGCAUUGGAGAAGGCCAACUUAUAAAAACUUUGAAUGAACUUAUAGAAGUGACAAGAAAAAUUUGGAGUGAAUUAGAACGAAAUACUCAAGAGACUCGAUAUAUAAGAAAAUUAGUCGAAGAAUGUACAGCAUGUCGUCCAGGAUUUGUUGUAGCUACAACACCAGCACCACCUCCAAGACCUUCUUGUAGACAUCAAAGUCCAUGUUUUCCUGGAGCUUCAUGUCGAGAUACUGAGGGAGGUCCUGAGUGUUUAGGAUGUCCUUAUGGUCAUAUCGGUGAUGGACGACACUGUCAAAGAGUCAAGACUUGCAAUGAUAAUCCUUGCUUCCAGGGGGUAAGAUGUCAAAACACAAGGACUGGAUACAGAUGUGGUCCAUGUCCUUCGGGUUACACGGGGAAUGGAGAGCAAUGUCAACGCGUACGAGGAUGUGAGUUGAAUCCUUGUCACUCGAGUGUUACUUGUCAUCCAACCCAAGAUUAUCCUUACUACAAAUGUGGCGCUUGUCCUGAGGGAUACACCGGAAAUGGAACCAACUGCCAGGACAUUGAUGAGUGUGACCUAACUCAACCCUGUGAUCCAAGAUCUCAAUGUAUCAACACCUCGCCAGGAUACAGAUGUCUUCCAUGCCCCGUGGGAUUUACGGGGAACGAGACCGGAGGUGUUGGAGUCGAAUUCGCUCUCAGGAACAAGCAGAUCUGUCAGGAUAUCAAUGAAUGCGAAGAUGGAAGGAAUGGUGGCUGUGUACCUAAUUCUGAAUGCAUAAAUACAAAGGGCUCUUUUAAAUGUGGAUCUUGCAAGUUCGGUUAUACUGGUGAUCAAAAUCAAGGAUGUCAUCCAGCGCACAAUAUUUGUCCUGAUAGAGUAACUAUUUGUGACAAACAUGCUGAUUGCAUUUGUAUAGCUGUCAACCAGUACACUUGCCAGUGUCAUAUUGGAUGGGCCGGAAAUGGCAUUAAAUGUGGAAUAGACUCUGACAGUGAUGGACAUCCAGAUGAAGAGAUUAGACUUGAAAGCCAUGAGAUAUUUGCCGCAGACAAUUGUCGAUAUGUUCCUAAUAGUGGUCAAGAGGAUGCUGACAAUGAUGGUUUAGGUGAUUCUUGUGAUGAUGAUUCUGACAAUGAUGAUGUGCUUAACUCUUCUGAUAAUUGUCCUCUUCAUCACAAUCCUAAGCAAGAAGAUACAGAUCGUGAUGGUCGUGAUGGAUUUGGAGAUGCUUGUGACAACUGUCCUAAUGUUUUUAAUCCAGAUCAAAGAGACAUUGACGGUGAUGGAAUUGGUGAUGCUUGUGACAAUGAUAUGGAUAAUGAUGGAAUACUAAAUCACUUAGAUAACUGUCCUUCAAAGCAAAAUGAAGAUCAAAGAGACUCUGACGGUGAUGGAAUUGGGGAUGCUUGUGAUAAUUGUCCAUCGAUUCCAAAUCAUAACCAGGAAGACGAGGAUAGGGAUAGAGUAGGAGAUGCUUGUGAUGAUGGCCAUGAUAGAGAUAAAGAUGGUAUUCAGGAUAAUGUAGAUAAUUGUCCUGACAUUCCUAAUUCUGAACAAACCGAUUCAGAUCAUGAUAAUAUUGGUGAUGAAUGUGAUGAUGAUGCUGAUAAUGACGGAGUUCCGAAUAGUAUUGACAAUUGUCCUUAUGUUUAUAAUCCACUUCAAGAAAAUUCCAGAGGUGGAAUUUUCGGAGAUGCAUGUUGGAAUGAUUAUGAUAAUGAUACAGUAUUGAAUACUCAUGAUAAUUGUCCCAAUAAUAGUCAAGUGUGGACGACAGACUUUAGGAAAUAUGAAAUAAUUGCAUUAGAUCCUGAGGGUGAAGCUCAAAUCGAUCCUAACUGGCAAAUUCAUCACAGUGGAGCAGAAAUUGUUCAAACUAUUAAUAGUGAUCCGGGCAUAGCCGUUGGAUUUGACAGUUUCACUGGAGUAGACUUCGAGGGAACCUUUUACGUGAAUACAGAAACAGACGAUGACUAUGUUGGAUUUGUCUUUUCAUAUCAAAAUACCCACAGAUUUUAUGCAGUAAUGUGGAAAAAAGACACUCAAACUUAUUGGCGUGCUACACCUUUCCGAGCAGUUGCUGAACCAGGAAUUCAACUGAAAUUAAUAGAUUCUGAAACGGGUCCAGGAGAGAUGAUGAGAAAUAGUUUAUGGCAUACUGGAGACACUGAAAAUCAAGUAAAAUUAUUAUGGAAAGAUCCAAGAAAUGUUGGAUGGAAAGAGAAGACUUCGUACAGAUGGCAAUUGAUGCACCGUCCUCGUAUUGGGCUCAUUAGAUUGUGGAUUUAUGAAGGGCCACGUUUAGUAGCUGACUCAGGAAAUAUUUUUAACUCUGUAUUGAAAGGUGGACGGCUUGGAGUUUUCUGUUUCUCUCAAGAAAUGAUUAUAUGGUCGGAUUUACUUUACAAAUGUAAAGAAUCCGUACCUGAAGCUGUUUGGCGUGAGCUGCCAGGAAACUUGCAGACUAAAAUUAAUGUUGACCCAAGUAGUCAAAGAGUUAUGAGACUCGAGCGACCUACUUAUGGUUAAAUAAAAAAUUAUUAAAAAUUAAUAGCAAUAAUUCAAGAAAAUAUACAUAUAAAAUUUCCUUUGUUAUAAUUAAAUAAUUUUAAUCAGAUUUGUUUUUAACAUAAAUGACUGUAUUAUUAUAAAUUUCCAAAGGUUUUAUAAAUUAAAAAUUAAGUUAUGUAUAAAAGGCUAAAAUAAGAGGUUCUUAAUAUUUCAUUCAAUAACACAAAGUAUUAAAUUCAAUUUUUAUUAUUGUGACCAUUUAAUAAUAAUUUUAUUUUUUAUUAUGAUAAUAAUAAUAAUAAUUAAUUAAUUAAUUAAUGAAGUGUGUAACGAUCUCAAUGAAAUUGACAUAAGCAGUCUUCUUACAAUGCUUGCUCCCUUGCAGCUUGCAAUUAUUUAAAAUAAAAUACAGAAUCAGUCAUCCUAUAAUUAGGUAUUAUUAUAAUAAUAAUUGAUAAUAAUUUCUGAAUUAUUCAGAUUAAAUUUCUAAACUGGUAUAAUCCAUUCAAUUAUUUCACUUAAAUUGCACGAUAUUAUUAUAGUAUCACGAAAAAAUUCAGUUUCUUGUCUAACUCAUUUUGUCUUGAAAUACGUCUUGCAUGUUAUUUAUAAUUACAUUAAUUAAUAAUUCAUUUAUUAAUUAAUUUAAUUGUUCAACAUAUAAAUAUUCCUUAACUACAAUAAAUUAUUAUCAUCGUAACAUCCUGCUUAUCUAUAUACACUAUUCAAACAAAAAUUAACCCGAAUACUUUGAAGUUCUUGUACUAAACAUCCAAAAUACUAGGGUCGAACAGUAAACGUUUGUCUGAAAAUUUUUUUCCAAUUAAUUAUUUGUUAAAAAAAUUUCUUUUUUUUCUAACUAAAUAUAUUUCAUACAUACAAUUUAAUUUUUAAUAUGGCAGUGGUCAUUCAAAAAACAUUUUUAAGGCAGUUGGGCACCCUUAGACAUUAUAUGAAGAAUUCUUUCUAAUUUUUCAUUUAUAUAAAGACGAAUAAUGAUAUUAUUAAUUUCAUUUAAAUAUAAUGAUGUGAUUAAAAACUAUAAAAGUUUAUAGUAAUAAUAUGUGAUAUGUCCAAGAAGGCCCAUCUACAAUACAAUCGUACGAUAAAAAACA